CUCUUUCUCUCUCCAAGCAAUCUAUUCUCCUCGCGUGUCAGCUACGAAACUCUCGAUUUGAUUUCAUUUUAGAAAGAGAGAGAGAGAGCGAGGAGAGAGUUGCUAAAAGAGAGGGAUAGAGCAGAUUCCAUCUCACCAUUCUCGCUCUACAUUUGUAGAAGCUCACCAACAUUGUUGAAGAAGGAAAUCUUAAUGCGAUUCCGCUGAAUCUAGUAAAAGGUUUCUCCACAUCUGCUAGAUCUUAUUGUUUCUCACAUUUGGUUUUAAAUCCAUGGAGAAUUUGCCGGUCGGUUCGCAGACGCUGCUGCUGUGAGGGGGCAAUCCGGAUCUGAAGUGAAGGCUUCAGAAUCGCAGAAAAGCUGGCGGCUACAAUAGCUUGGAGGGUCGCUGCUCCUAAUGGUAGCAUUCCCUCUAAUGACAUGGAGAGAAAUGGGGAAGGUAGACCUCAUGACUCAGAACCUCCUACCCCCCAUGCACUCAUGAAAAUGGGUUCAAGAGAUCGAGGUAGCAUGGAGGACCCAGAUGGAACAUUAGCAAGUGUUGCACAAUGUAUUGAGCAAUUGCGGCAGAGUUCCUCAUCAUCACAGGAAAAAGAGAAAUGCUUGAGGCAAUUACUUGAGUUAAUCAACACAAGGGAAAAUGCUUUUGGUGCAGUUGGAUCACAUUCGCAAGCGGUUCCAGUUCUCGUUUCUCUCCUUCGGUCUGGAUCACUUGGGAUAAAGAUACAGUCUGCUGUAGUGUUGGGUUCUCUUUGUAAAGAGAAUGAACUACGAGUCAAAGUAUUACUUGGUGGAUGUAUUCCCCCAUUGCUUGGUCUUCUCAAGUCAAACUCGAGAGAAGGCCAAAUUGCAGCAGCAAAGACCAUAUAUGCUGUGUCUCAAGGUGGUGCGAAGGAUCAUGUCGGGUCAAAAAUAUUUUCAACAGAAGGGGUUGUCCCUGCCUUGUGGCAGCAAUUAGAUAAGGGACUUAAGGCAGGAAAUGAGGUCGAUCACUUACUAACAGGAGCUUUGCGGAAUCUUUGUAGCAGCACCGAGGGAUUUUGGCCAGCAACAAUACAAGCUGGAGGGGUUGAUGUACUGGUCAAGUUGCUUACAACAGGCCAGUCAAGUACUCAAGCAAAUGUGUGCUUUCUCCUUGCAUCCAUGAUGAUGGAAGAUGCAUCUAUUUGUUCCAAAAUCUUGGCUGCAGAAGCUACUAAACUGCUCCUCAAGCUACUCGGGCCGGAUAAUGAAGCUCCACUUAGAGCAGAAGCUGCAUCUGCUCUUAAAUCUCUUUCUGCACAAUGCAAAGAAGCCAGGCGGGAGAUCGCUAAUGCCAAUGGUAUUCCUGUUCUGAUAAAUGCUACAAUAGCUCCUUCUAAAGAAUUUAUGCAGGGUGAGUUUGCCCAAGCUUUGCAAGAGAACGCAAUGUGUGCUCUUGCAAAUAUAUCUGGUGGCUUGUCUUACGUUAUCUCAAGUCUUGGUCAAAGCCUCGAAUCAUGUUCAUCUCCUGCACAAGUAGCUGACACGCUGGGUGCAUUAGCUUCUGCCCUGAUGAUAUAUGAUAGCAAAGCUGAAUAUGCUAGAGCAUCAGAUCCGGAAGAGGUAGAGAAGACAUUGUUACAGCAGCUCAAACCUCAGAUGCCCUUUUUAAUCCAGGAGCGCACAAUAGAAGCCCUUGCCAGUUUGUAUGGUAAUGGAAUACUAGCAAGCAAACUUGCAAAUUCUGAUGCAAAGAGGCUGCUUAUAGGUUUGAUUACAAUGGCAACAGACGAAGUUCAGGAAGAGUUGAUAAGAUCUUUACUUAUUCUUUGCAACAAUGAGGGUACAUUGUGGCAGGCCCUUCAAGGUCGUGAAGGGAUUCAACUUUUAAUAUCUCUUCUUGGUCUAUCAUCGGAACAACAACAAGAGUGUGCUGUUGCAUUGCUCUGCCUUCUGUCCCAUGAAAACGAUGAUAGCAAAUGGGCUAUUACUGCUGCUGGUGGUAUACCUCCACUUGUUCAAAUUCUGGAAACUGGGUCUGCUAAGGCUAAAGAAGAUUCUGCAACCAUCCUUGGUAACCUCUGUAAUCAUAGUGAGGAUAUACGUGCUUGUGUUGAAAGUGCUGAUGCCGUUCCUGCUUUACUCUGGCUAUUGAAGAAUGGAAGACCCAAUGGGAAGGAGAUUGCUGCUAAGACUUUAAAUCAUUUGAUUCACAAGUCAGAUACAGCAACUAUCAGCCAACUCACUGCAUUACUAGUCAGCGAUUUGCCUGAGUCCAAAAUUUAUGUAUUAGAUGCAUUAAAAAGCUUGCUCUGUGUGGCCCCUCUAAGUGAUAUGGUGCGUGAAGGCAGUGCAGCAAAUGAUGCAAUUGAGACAAUGAUAAAAAUAUUGAGCUCUCUCAAGGAAGAGACUCAGGCAAGGUCUGCACUGGCUCUUGCUGGAAUCUUUGAUGUCAGAAAAGACUUGCGUGAAACUAACAUUGCUGUUAAGACUCUUGGAUCUGUCAUGAAACUUUUGAGCUCUGAAUCUGAAACCAUCUUAGCAGAAGUAUCUAGGUGCCUUGCUGCUAUAUUUCUCUCAGUUAAAGAGAACCGUGAUGUGGCUGCUCUUGCUAGAGGUGCUUUGCCUACAUUGGUGGUGCUUGCUAACUCUUCAGUACUGCACGUGGCAGAGCAAGCAGUUUGUGCUUUGGCCAAUCUCCUUUUAGACAAUGAAGCUUCAGAAAAAGCUAUCUCAGAAGAAAUUAUUUUACCUGCCACUACAGUAUUGCGUGAAGGCUCAAAUGCUGGCAAGAUCCAUGCAGCAGCGGCAAUUGCCCGUCUUCUUCGUUCUCGUCAGAUUGAUUCUUCUUUAACUGAAUGCGUGAAUCGUAAUGGAACAGUACUUGCUAUAGUUUCUUUCCUCGAAACUGCUGACAGUGGGUCAGUUGCUACAUCGGAGGCGUUAGAUGCACUUGCUUUUCUCUCCAGAUCCAUAGGAGAUGGUGAGCAAGUAAAACCUGCUUGGACCGUUCUUGCUGAAUAUCCGAGUGGCAUUACCCCAAUAGUCUCAUGUAUUGCUGAUGCCACACCAUUGUUACAGGAUAAGGCUAUAGAAAUAUUAUCUCGGCUCGCCCAGGCUCAGCCCCUAGUUCUUGGGAAUACUAUUGCCUCUGCCACUGGAUGCAUUUCAUCUAUUACAAGAAGGGUGAUCGGUUCCUCAGAUGCAAGGAUCAAAAUUGGAGGAGCUGCACUACUCGUCUGCACUGCGAAAGUCAAUUAUCAACGAGUAGUUGAAGAUUUAAAUGGAUCUAAUAUGAGUAUAUUACUCAUUCAUGCUCUUGUUGGAAUGUUAGCUUCUUCAGAGUCUCCCCCUGCUGCCGAUCAGGGUAGCAAGGAUAUUAUAAGUAUCUCCAGGAUAAUUGAAAAAGAAAGUGAAGAGAAAAGUACGUCAGUCAUCAGUAGUGUGAAUAUCGCUACUUGGCUUCUUUCUAUCCUUGCUAGUCGUGAUGACAGAAGCAAAGUUGAGAUCAUGGAGGCUGGUGCAAUUGAAGUUCUCACCGAAAAAAUUUCUGAAUCCUUUACACACAACAUACUGGCUGAUUAUAAGGAGGAUGGCAGCAUAUGGAUUUGUGCAUUAUUGUUAGCAAUAUUGUUCCAAGAUCGAGAUAUCAUACGUGUUCAUGCAACUAUGAAAGUGAUUCCUGUACUGGCUAGUUUGUUGAGGACUGAAGAGGGAGCAAACAGAUAUUUUGCUGCACAAGCUGUAGCAAGUCUUGUUUGUAAUGGUAGCAGGGGGACUCUUCUCUCGGUUGCAAAUUCAGGAGCACCAGCAGGACUCAUUUCCUUGCUUGGUUGUGCUGAUGUUGAUAUACAGGACCUUUUGGAAUUGGCAGAGGACUUUGCUUUGGUUAGUUAUCCUGAUCAAGUGGCCCUCGAGCGAUUGUUCAGGGUAGAUGACAUCAGGCUUGGCGCUACUUCUCGGAAAGCUAUACCAGCAUUAGUGGAUUUGCUUAAACCUAUUCCAGAACGUCCUGGAGCACCUUUUCUUGCUCUGGGACUUCUAAUCCAGCUUGCUACAGAUUGCCCUACAAAUCAAAUUGCCAUGGUAGAGUCUGGGGCCUUGGAAGGCUUGACGAAGUAUCUUUCUCUUGGCCCCCAAGAUGCAUACGAGGAAGCUGCUACAGAUUUACUGGGCAUUAUGUUCAGCACAGCUGAGAUAAGGAGACAUGAAUCUGCAUUUGGUGCAGUCAGUCAACUUGUAGCAGUUUUGCGCUUGGGUGGAAGAGCAGCAAGAUAUAGUGCUGCUAAAGCAUUGGAAAACUUAUUUUCUGCUGAUCAUGUAAGGAAUGCUGAAUCUGCCAGGCAAGCUGUUCAGCCUCUCGUGGAAAUUCUGAGUACAGGUUUGGAGAAAGAACAGCAUGCUGCUAUUGCUGCCUUGAUCAGACUGCUGAAUGAAAACCCAUCGAAAGCCCUUGCAGUUGCUGAUGUUGAGAUGAAUGCAGUUGACGUGCUGUGCAGGAUCCUUUCGUCGAAUUACUCUAUGGAGCUGAAGGGAGAUGCUGCUGAAUUGUGCUGUGUGCUUUUUGGCAACACUAGGAUACGAUCCACUUUAGCAGCAGCACGCUGUGUUGAGCCGUUGGUUUCUCUGCUUGUUUCUGAGUAUAGUCCAGCUCACAAUUCUGUUGUCCGUGCAUUAGAUAAGCUCCUUGAUGAUGACCAGCUGGCAGAACUUGUUGCUGCCCAUGGUGCCGUCAUCCCCCUUGUAGGCCUUCUAUACGGUCGAAACUAUUUGCUUCAUGAAGCUAUAUCAAGAGCUCUAGUUAAAUUAGGUAAAGAUAGGCCUGCCUGUAAGAUGGAAAUGGUGAAAGCUGGAGUAAUAGAGUGUGUGCUUGAUAUACUUCAUGAAGCUCCUGAUUUUCUCUGUGCUGCAUUUUCUGAAUUGCUUAGAAUACUAACAAACAAUGCAAGCAUUGCAAAAGGUCCUUCUGCAGCAAAAGUGGUCGAGCCUCUGUUCCUGUUGCUGACAAGAUCGGAGUUUGGACCUGAUGGACAACACAGCGCAUUGCAGGUUCUUGUUAAUAUUCUUGAGCAUCCACAGUGCCGUGCGGAUUAUACUCUUACAUCACAACAAGCCAUUGAACCCCUUCUGCCUUUGCUUGACUCUCCGGCUUCAGCAGUGCGACAGUUAGCAGCAGAACUUCUCUCCCACUUGCUAAUGGAGGAACAUCUUCAGAAAGAUCCUCUAACACAGCAAGUAAUCCCUCCGCUGGUACGCAUUCUUGGUUCCGGCAUUCCUAUUUUGCAACAGAGAGCUGUUCGUGCUCUCGUUAAUGUUUCAACAAUAUGGCCAAAUGAAAUUGCAAAAGAAGGUGGUGUAGGCCAGCUAUCAAAUGUUAUACUCCAGUCAGAUCCUCUUCUCCCUCAUGCUUUGUGGGAGUGUGCUGCUUCUGUGUUAUCUAGCAUCCUGCAAUUUAGUUCGGAGUUCUAUUUGGAAGUUCCCGUUGCAGUGCUGGUCAGGCUGCUGCGUUCAGGAACAGAGAGUACUGUCGUUGGUGCUCUGAGUGCUCUUCUCGUGUUGGAGAGUGACGACUCUACAAGUGCUGAAGCAAUGGCUGAAAGUGGGGCAAUCGAGGCGCUUCUGGACCUUCUUAGAAGUCAUCAGUGUGAGGAAACAGCUGCCAGACUACUCGAGGUGUUACUGAACAACGUGAAAAUCAGGGAAUCUAAAGUUACCAAAUCUGCAAUCUUGCCAUUGUCCCAAUACCUUUUGGAUCCUCAAACCCAAGGUCAGCAGGCGAGGUUACUCGCCACCCUUGCUCUGGGUGACCUAUUCCAGAACGAGGCUCUUGCCCGAACAGCAGAUGCUGUUUCAGCCUGUCGUGCAUUGGUGAAUCUCCUCGAAGAUCAACCUACAGAGGAAAUGAAAGUAGUAGCUAUAUGUGCUUUGCAGAACCUGGUUAUGUACAGCCGAUCAAACAAGAGGGCUGUUGCAGAAGCUGGUGGCGUUCAGGUUGUGCUCGAUCUAAUCAGCUCUAGCGACCCUGAAACGUCAAUCCAGGCAGCUAUGUUUGUCAAACUUCUUUUCUCUAACAACACCAUUCAAGAAUACGCCUCAAGCGAAACUGUGAGAGCUAUAACAGCUGCAAUCGAGAAAGACUUAUGGGCUACUGGCACAGUAAAUGAAGAGUAUCUGAAGGCUCUAAAUGCACUUUUUGGCAACUUCCCCCGCCUUAGAGCAACGGAGCCAGCAACACUAAGCAUUCCUCAUCUGGUCGCUUCUCUCAAGACUACCUCAGAGGCAACUCAAGAGGCUGCCUUGGACGCACUAUUUCUUCUUAGGCAAGCAUGGUCGGCGUGUCCAGCUGAAGUUUCUCGAGCGCAAUCCAUUGCUGCUGCAGAUGCAAUACCCCUUCUACAGUACUUGAUUCAAUCGGGGCCACCACGGUUUCAGGAGAAAGCUGAGUUUUUGCUGCAGUGUUUGCCAGGCACACUAGUGGUAAUAAUCAAGCGAGGCAGCAACAUGAGGCAAUCCGUUGGGAAUGCUAGCGUAUACUGCAAGCUAACCCUCGGAAACACACCCCCUCGGCAAACCAAGGUUGUAUCAACCGGCCCUAAUCCAGAGUGGGAUGAGAGCUUCUCGUGGUCGUUCGAGAGUCCUCCCAAAGGCCAGAAGCUUCACAUUUCAUGCAAGAACAAGAGCAAGAUGGGAAAGAGCUCAUUCGGGAAGGUAACCAUCCAGAUUGAUCGUGUGGUGAUGCUAGGCGCAGUUGCGGGCGAGUACACGCUGCUGCCGGAGAGCAAAAGCGGGCCGUCGAGGAAUCUGGAAAUAGAAUUCCAAUGGUCUAACAAGCCCCAAGCUGAGGUAAACUAGCAAAUUUACUUCAAAGUGAAAACAGAUGCACAAAAAGAUACAGAUUUUGCUCUUUAUUUUUUUUCCGUUUGUGAUAAUUUAUCGUGUUAGUGUAUAUAGUUUUUGGCAAUCUUUUGCAGCAAUUCCUCCUGUGCCAAACGGCUGUUUGUUUGUAAUUUGAGUCGUUUUUAUUGUUUAAGUGAGAUCUUUUUUUAUUUUAUUUUUUAGAUUUUUGUUAAGUUGUACUUUAUUUGAAAUUUGAGGCAAGAUAAUGUAAUUGUGCUCUUGCUUGGGAUAAACAAAUUGAGUCGAAUUCAAUAUAUAAUACUGCUGUUGAAUUUGCUUUU